AUGAACAAAUUUCGCGAUGGUUGGUUCACCGAACUUACGCCAGCCCCGCUGGUCGAUUGCACUGAAGAAAGCUCCGAUGACGAAGCAUCGGGGGGCGACGCUCUGGCCGGCGGCGAUUGUGCAGAAGAAAAAGGAGCACUGUGGCCAGGACAAGCAUUUUCGCUGGAAGUUGAUCAAGUCCUGUUUCACGAAAGAAGCAAAUAUCAGGAUGUUCUUGUCUUCAAAAGUAAAACCUACGGUAAUGUGCUGGUUCUUGAUGGAGUGAUACAGUGCACGGAACGCGAUGAGUUUGCUUAUCAGGAAAUGCUGACUCAUUUGGCAAUGUUCAAUCAUCCGAUGCCACAGGACUGUGAAAUCGACGAAAUGGUAAUUGAUGUGUCCAGGAAAUUUCUGCCACAAAUGUCUGAAGCAUUCACCAGUCCAAAGUUGAAUCUUGUUAUCGGCGAUGGAUAUGAUUUUUUGAAGAAGCACGAGAAUGAAUUCGAUGUAAUUUUAACAGAUUCAUCGGAUCCAAUUGGGCCAGCCGAGAUUCUGUAUGAAGAAGAGUACUACAAGUGUUUGGAGAAAGCACUUCGACCCAAAGGAGUGCUUGCCUCGCAGGCUACAGGAUAG